GCAUGGCGCGACCCUCGGCCCCCUCUGGUCAGCUGUCAGAGUCAGCCAGGCCCUCCAAGCACAGGGAGCACCCGUCCAAGUCACCAAGGAGACGGCGGAAGGGGACGAGGUCGCAGCGGCGGGGGGAUGGUCACGAACAGCUGCUGUGGGAGAUCGAGCGGCGGAGGUUGCCAGGCCAACACGAGCACUUGGAGCCCUCUGGCUCAGCGAGCGACACAGCGGAAAGCUCUCCUAAGAGGAGAGCCCACUUUCUACAUGGACCGUAUCCAGCCACUCACUUCGGACCCAAAGCCUGUAUUCUUCCCAACCCAACUUCAGUCAUGCACAUCCAGGACCCAGCCAGCCAGCGGCUCACCUGGAACAAACCUCCUGUCAACGUGCUUGUCAUCAGGAAAAUUAGAGAUGAGAGCCUCGUCGAGCCUUUCAAAGAGCUCUGCAGGUUUCUAGUGGAGGAGAAGCAGAUGAUGGUGUACGUGGAGCGCAGGGUAGCGGACGAUGCUACGCUGUCAAGGGACGAGGCGUUCGGCUCCAUCCGCAAUCAGCUCUGCACCUUCAGAGAGGGUUAUGACGAUAUCUCUGACUGCAUAGACCUGAUCAUCUGUCUGGGUGGAGAUGGGACUCUGCUCUACGCCUCCUCUCUCUUCCAGGGCAGCGUCCCUCCAGUUAUGGCGUUUCACCUCGGUUCUCUGGGUUUUCUGACGCCCUUCAAGUUUGAGUCGUACAAGACUGAAGUAGCCAAAGUGUUCGAAGGCAAUGCAGCCAUCACUCUGCGCAGUCGUCUGAAGGUGAAGGUGGUGAAGGACAUGCUUCAGAGAGCAGGCCAGCAGCCGUACGACCAGGAGACGCAGCAGCAGCAGCAGCAGCAGCAGGAACACAACGGACUCCCUCCUCAGGGACACACCAACAGCGAGGCUGGCAAGGUCACCCUGCAGCUACAGGUUUUGAAUGAGGUGGUGGUGGACCGAGGUCCGUCCUCCUACCUGUCCAAUGUGGACUUGUACCUCGAUGGACGGCUCAUCACCUCGGUGCAGGGAGACGGUGUAAUUGUGUCCACACCUACAGGCAGCACAGCGUACGCCGCCGCUGCAGGAGCCUCCAUGAUCCACCCCAACGUACCCGCCAUCAUGGUCACCCCCAUCUGCCCACACUCGCUCUCCUUCAGGCCAAUCGUCGUCCCAGCUGGGGUGGAGCUCAUGAUCACAUUGUCCCCUGAUGCCAGGAACACCGCUUGGGUGUCGUUUGAUGGCAGGAAGAGACAGGAGAUCCAGUAUGGAGACUGUAUCAAGAUUACUACGUCUUGUUACCCAGUGCCCUCUAUCUGUUGCCAUGACCUGGUGUACGACUGGUUUGAAAGCCUGGCUCAGUGUUUGCACUGGAACGUGCGCAAGAGGCAGGCACGGCUGGCGGAUGUCUCGGACUCGUCAGACACGGAAAACUGAAUCAGCGUUGUGGCCUACGUUAAAGACACCGAGCCGACGCUCUCCACAGCAGCCGAGUCAGUGAGAGUGUGGAAGUCAGGACUGUUGUGGGACAACCACGAGGUCACGCUGCAAACAGGGUCAUGACAGAAACACUUGGAGAGCGAGAGCACGUGUCUACAGCCAAAGUAGUGUUAUAUUAGUCCUAAUAGCAUGUACAAGGAGCAUAGUGUGUAUACAGUAUUUUAUACACUGAGUCAUACAUGUGAGUAAGCAUUACAUUCCAGUAAAAACACAAUCUUUUAUCUGUAGCUUAUAGGGAGAAAGCAUGUUUCCCACCUAGAAAAACUAUAGCAGUUACUUAAAUUAUUACAAUAUGUGAUACUCUGGGUGUUUUGUUGGACUUGAAGCACUUAAUCCUCAAUGUGAUUAUCAGCGUGUCAGUCCAUGCGUUACUCGCAUAGACUAAGGACUGUAACUGUAAAUGUGUACAUACAGGAUUCUAGGAUACAUUUAUUUAAUGUCAUAUUUAUGUGAUAUUUAUAUAUUUUCAAGAUAGGAGCUUAAAAAGACGUAAAACUUCAUUUCUACUACUGAUUCAACCAAAGACAACUGUAUGUAAUUGUUCUGUACAAACAUAUUGACCCUUCCUAAGUCCCUCCCCUUUUCGCCGGUCUCAGUCAACUGUCUCCUUUCCUGUUCUUAGAUAUACCGUAUGCUAAGUGCUAGGCUUAUACCCAAAACCCCUGUUUUUUUCCGGGUUUUCCCAUAUUUCAAGACCAUCUCCUGACUCCUUCCUGCUUUGUUUCUCCCAGGAAACUCCCGUAAUUUGCAGGGCCCUCAAACUUUAUUACGAAUAAUCGUACACAGAGUUUGCCCGACAUCACCCUUUUUUGAUCAUGAAGCCUGAUAAAAAAUAUAAUAUUCUGUAGUUUGUUAGUAAACUGCAGACUGAAGUCUCUGUUAACAGUGACAAAUAAAUGGAUAAUAAUACACUUUUUUUUAUAAAGCACUUUUCAAAACAGCAGUUUCAAAGUGCUUCACAGUUAAAAAGAAAUCAAAAGUCAAUAGUCAACAAUAAAACAAUAGAAAAACAAUGCAUAAUGGUAAAAGAGAUGAUCCACUUUAUAUUCACUGUCUGCUCUUAUGUGUGCUAGCUUUUUGCUACAGAACAAAGCACUGGCUAAGUAGCUAGUUAAUUUACAUUUGCCAACAAAAAGUUAGCUACCUACUUUAUUUACAUCAGUGGUUACCUAGUGAUUUGCUAACAUUAGCUGUGACUAUAUAUAUAUGUAUAUAUGUAUAUGUUGCUUUUAUCUUUCAACAAUCUUCUGCCUGUGGUAGAGAGAGAGCGUAUCUAAAUACAGGAAAGGGGAAAGAUGACGAGGUGCUGACUGAGGCUGGUUCAAAUGUUACUGGGGCACAGAGCAUAAAGGGGCGGGACUUAGAAAGGGCCAAUUAACCAAUCCAGAUCUGACUUUCUGCACAUUUUUAUUUUAUUCAUUACUUUUCUGCACAAGUUAAAUUCUAAAAGUCAGAUUGCAUGUUGUAGAACAAAAUAAUCAGUUGGAGAAACUUCAUGUUGUUUUUAUGAUCAUUAAACUGUGAAACUGACUGUCUGUAGCAGAACUAAAAUAAAAACACUGGCUAAUAUUGUCUAGUCUGAUGUCUGGUGGGUGAAUGCACACUUUCUGACUCAUUCAGUUUUUUGGGAUGUCACCAGAUUACUGAGACAUAAUAUUU